ACCUCUCGCCUCGCUCUCGCUGCGGUUGAAGUUGCAACUUGCAACUCCAGCUCGGCAACUCCACCGCUGGGAGCCCAGCCGCAGCCCCAAACCCAGCACCAGCAGCGUCCGUCCGUCCUCCCUACCUUCCUCGGUUGUCUCUCUCGGUCACGCGCCCACGCGCGCACCCUAGCACCGCACCGGAUAGAUGAAGAUGGACGUCCCCCCGCCCCCUCCACCUCCCCAAUCCCCACCUCCCUCCCACCGUUCCCGUGGCCUGCCUGAGUCCCGACUCCACGCGGCCCCGCUCUCGGUUUCCCUUCCCCGUCUCCUCCCCUCCCCUCUCCGUCCGGAUCUAUCCACCUUUCCCCCCUCCCCACCCCUCCGCCGCCCUCCUGGAUUCCCCGCCCCCCGCCGGCCGGCCUUCCUGGGUGCUCGGUCUCGCCUGCGCCAUGGACGACGCCGGGGAGCCGCGCCUGCCCAGGAGGAAGGGCACCAAGAGGCCCCCUCCCUCGGCGCCGCCGCCGCCGCCCGCCCAGGGCGGCGGCAGGGGGAGGGACAGGUUCGACUCCCUCUGGCGGGACUACCACGAUUUGCUCAAGGAAACUGAGGCAAAGAAGAGGAGGCUAGAGCGCAUAAACCAGCGAAAGCUUGGACUGCUCGCCGAAGUCAAAUUCUUGCGGAAGAAGUACAGUUCGUUUGCCAAGGAUGAUUCAGAGCAAACGCAUCACAGGCUAAAGAAGAAGAAAGCUAAGCAAAUCCCAUCCAUUCUGGGAAUCAAUGAAGGGCCGUCCACCAGCAAGAACACAAAUGUGGACUUAAAUCAUGAUUCUGCAAUGAAUGCUGAGGGAGCCGGUUUCCAGGGGUACCAGGACCAUCCAGAACCUGGGAAGCUUGAUCAGGCUGGUGUAGAUGAAGAUAUGAUGACCUCCAAUAUCAACCUAUCAGUUUAUAGGGAUACAGAAAAUUCCCCAGCCAGUGAUGAUAAGAGGGCAGCCGCAUGGCAAGACCGGGUAGCCUUGCAGGUCUAGUACCGCCGUAGAAAUGGGUAUGGCAUGGCAUCCUUCUCUGGUGGUUGACUGCACCCCUGCCUGGUUCCGUCAAAUAUUGCCCAGUGCUCUGUAAAUGACAAUUGAUAUAAGGAUACUCAUGCUUCAUGUUUACAGUUCAUGCCCUGUAGAGGCAUGGACUGAGAUAGUUUGACACACUUAGGCAAGUUCAAUCCUAUUACAAUGUUAUGAAACAUCCAGCCUGGAUUUUGAGUCA